AUGUCUCGAUUAACAGUGCUUACUUUUUAUAUCUAUAGGGUAUCUUCUAAGACCUCUGAUGACACUGUAGAGGGGAAUCGAACCGAGGAGAAUCGGAUCAGCCAGACUGCCAAUAGCUUGAAAACCGCAGCUACUCUCACCAACUCAGUGAAAAAAGAAGGCCCUCAAGGUCCCACCAGUGUGCCCAUCAGAGCUUCUUUUUUUACCGCACCUUCACCGGAGCCAUAUGUAUCUGUCGGUUGCCUUAAAUGUGGUGCCCUAGACCACUCGGCAUCAAACCGAAACUGUCCCCGUCCUCGAAAGGCAUCCACAGCGACCAAUGCAGCAGCCGUAGCCACUCAAAUUCCCAAGAAGCCUGUUGCUAGAACCCCCAAGAAAGCAAUAGCCGACAAUCACCAAAUUAAGAAAGCUAAACUUGGGGAUAAUACAAAGUUCUGGUAUUAUAAAUCCGACGACAGCCAAAGUGAAGAGGAAAUUGGUACUAAGAACUCGGAUCAAAGGAACCCCAUCAAAGAGGAAUACCAGGAGCGUCUUUACGAUGAUUUCAAUUCUAUAAUGGACGGAUUAUUCAAGCCGACUGGUCAGUUUACCAAAGAACGGGCAGAUUUGAGUCCAUUGACUGUCACCUAUAGGAGUAUGGGGGAAUAUGGGGCCAGUACAACUGAGCAGAACACCACUGAUUUGUCCCAUGCAGUCAUUCAAAGAGUAACUGCGGGCAAAGGACAACUGGACUUGAUGGAGUUAAAUGACAAGAAUGGGUUUGGCUCUUGUCCCUCUAUUCAAGAGACAGUUCAAACUGCCUCGGUGUUCUCAUCACAGAAGCAAACGGGUAUCGGCCCAGAUAGGUAUUUGAAGGCGAACAAGUCUGCUAGAAAUAGGAAGCGGAUUUUUCAAUCGGUUGUGACCGAGGAAGAUGAUGAUGAGAUUCCAAUUUUUAAGCACCCCCAGCCAAUGUCGGGUUAUAAGACAAAACAGCCAUUGUUUCCAACUGCCUCUACCAUGAAGGCCAAAAAGCAUCACGACGGCCACCAAAGUAGGGAUUUAAAUACUGAGAUACUCGAUUUGGGCUAUUCUCCACAGACCCCCAUUCAACCUGCAACGAACCAAUCCUUCCUCUCUCAUCGUGCCACUAAGGGCCUUCAAAACGAUGUAGACGUCAACCAUUCUUCUACUCAACCUGAUGUUGAGGAGAAAGAGCCCUCCAGGGUAUUUAGGUUGGAGGGAGUGCAGGAGCAUGGGAACAGGGUUGGAGUAAGAUAUCGGGAUUCUAUUGAUUUAACAGAGACAGAAGGAGUUGAUGAUACUACUGCUAAAGGCAGCUUAUAG